AUGCGUCCCUCCUCCCUCCUCGCCGCCGCCGCCGCCGGCCUCGGCUCCCUCGCGAGCGCCGCCUCCCUCCAGCAAGUCACCUCGUUCGGCGCCAACCCCUCGGGCGCCAAGAUGUACAUCUACGUCCCGGACCGCCUCGCCGCGAACCCGCCCGUCAUCGUCGCGAUCCACUACUGCUCGGGGACGGCGAGCGCGUACUUCUCCAACACGCCCUACAGGGGGUACGCCGACACGUACGGGCUGAUCGUCGUGUACCCGGAGUCGCCCUACAGCGGCACGUGCUGGGACGUGAGCUCGCGGGCGUCGCUGACGCACGACGGCGGGGGCAACAGCAACGCCAUUGCGAACAUGGUGACGUACACGCUCGACAAGUACAACGGGGACCGCAGCAGGGUGUUCGUGACGGGGACGUCGUCGGGGGCCAUGAUGACGAACGUCAUGGCGGCGACGUACCCCGAGCUCUUUGCCGCCGGGAUCGCCUACUCGGGCGUGCCGGCGGGCUGUUUCUACACGGGCACCGUCAACGGCUGGAACUCGACGUGCAGCCAGGGCAACUCGGUCGCGACGCAGCAGGCGUGGGCGCAGACGGCGCUCGACAUGUACCCGGGGUACUCGGGCCCGCGGCCGCGCAUGCAGAUCUACCACGGCAGCGCCGACACGACGCUGUACCCGCGCAACUGGAACGAGACCGUCAAGCAGUGGGCGGGGGUGUUCGGGUACGGCGCCGCGCCGCUGCAGACGCUGCCGGGGACGCCGGGCGCGCAGUACACCAAGUAUGUGUACGGACCGAACCUGGAGGGGAUCUACGGGACGGGGGUCGGGCACAGCGUGCCGGUGAUGGGGGCGGAGGACCUAAAGUGGUUCGGGAUCACGGUGGGGCGGAUCUACCCAGCCUGGGACCACUGCUACUACGGCUACAACCACGACGACGAGGACGACGCAGAGCUCGGCUCCGCCGCCGGCGACUUCGACGGCGAGCGCGGCUCCGACCGGGGGGGGAUGCACGGUGGCCAGAUGGGGCCAGUGCGGCGGCAGCGGAUGGGGAGGGUGCAGCGUUUGCGCGAGCCCGUAUACCUGCCAGGCCGCGAACCAGUGGUAUUCUCAGUGUCUGUGAGCCGGCCGUGGCCGUGGCCGAGUGUGUUGUGUUUGUUCUGUUUGUUUGUCUGGUUCCGGCUGCCGAAGCCGGAGGACACGGGGUGCCGUGGUGGGGCCGUCCAAGAACUCGGGUCCGUGUUUCCGGUUGACCGAGCCGAGCGUUGCCGGAGGUGUUGGGAAUUGGGGGAGGGGGAGCAAUGGAGCAUCGUUUGCGUCGUUUGUUCUUUGCCAACCCUACACUACUUAGCCAAAGUUUGUUACGAGGACAUCUAG